AUGAGAACAUUUAUUAAAGCAUGGAUUCCUCAGUGUUUGCGGAUAUUCUGGUCACCUUGCAGAUUAUUCCAUGGAUGCAACAGGCUUCUUACAUCUCAAAUUAUUUCGUAUUAUGAUUCUAUAAACCAGUGUAAAAAGGAACUGCCGGAAUAUUUCAACUUUGCAAGUGAUGUCUUAGAUGAGUGGUCACGACUGGAAAAGGAUGGAAGACGACCAGCAAAUCCAGCUUUUUGGUGGGUAAAUGAUGAGGGAGAGGAGCUGAAGUGGAGCUUCGAAGAGUUGGGAUUUCUGUCUAGGAAAGCAGCUAAUAUACUUUCUGAGGUGUGUGGUUUGCAGAGAGGAGACAGAGUCAUAGCAGUUCUGCCUCGUGUUCCUGAAUGGUGGCUCCUGAAUGUAGCCUGCAUGCGGACAGGAAUUGUCUUUAUUCCAGGAACAUCCCAAUUAACAGCCAAAGACAUCUUAUACCGACUCCAGGCUUCGAAGGCCAAGUGCAUCAUUACCAAUGAUACACUGGCACCUGCAGUGGAAUCUGUCAUGCCUGACUGCCAGUUUCUGAAAAGCAAACUAAUUGUAGCCAAAGGGAGCAGAGAUGGGUGGCUGAACCUCAAAGAACUCUUUGCGGUGACAUCUGCUGACCAUAAAUGUGUCAAGACAAGGAGUCAAGACCCAAUGCUGAUCUAUUUUACUAGUGGAAGUACAGGCUCUCCAAAAAUGGUGGUGCAGUCCCACAGCAGUUAUGGCAUCGGAUUUGCAGUCAGUGGCAGGUACUGGCUGAACUUGACUCCUUCAGAUAUAAUGUGGAAUACCUCUGAUACUGGCUGGGUAAAGUCAGCUUGGAGCAGUGUUUUUGCACCAUGGAUCUGUGGGUCAUGUGUCUUUGUACACAGUUUGCUACAGUUUAAACCAGCAGUUAUUGCAGCGACUCUCUCAAGAUACCCCAUCAGUGCCUUCUGCACUGCUCCCACUGCCUACCGCAUGCUGGUCCAACACGAUUUGAGCAGCUACAAGUUCAUGAGUCUGAAACACUGUGUAUCUGGAGGGGAGCCGCUCAAUCCUGAAGUGAUGGCGAAGUGGAAAAUCCAGACGGGGCUGGAUAUCCAUGAAGGUUAUGGCCAGACUGAAACAGUGACAAUAUGUGCCAAUAUGAAAGGAACGAAAAUUAAACCUGGCUCUUUGGGAAAAGCCGUUCCCCCUUAUGACGUGCAGAUCAUAGAUGACCAUGGGGCUGUUCUGCCUGCGGGAGAAGAAGGCAACAUUGGUAUCAGAGUUCAACCGAGACGACCGUUCUGUCUGUUCUCUGAGUACUUGGACAACCCAGAGAAAACUGCUGCCUCUGUGUGUGGAAAUUUCUAUGUCACUGGGGACAGAGCAAUUAUGGAUGAAGAAGGAUACAUCUGGUUUGUUGGAAGGGCUGACGAUAUAAUUAAUUCUUCUGGGUAUCGCAUUGGCCCAUUUGAAGUGGAAAGUGCAUUAAUACAACAUCCCGCGGUCUCAGAGUCAGCUGUUGUCAGCAGUCCUGACCCAAUUCGAGGGGAGGUAGUCAAAGCCUUCGUUGUUUUAGCUCCUGCUUUUGUAUCACACGAUCCAGAAAAAUUAACUCGGGAGCUUCAGCAACACGUCAAGAAGGUGACUGCACCUUACAAGUAUCCGAGGAAGGUGGAGUUUGUUCAGGAUCUACCAAAGACGGCUACUGGGAAAAUCCAGAGGAAAGUUCUAAGGAACAAAGAGUGGGGAAGAGUAUAA